AUUUAAAUCGUUGUCCUCGUCUUUGUGAUAUAUUUAAUGUAUAAAUAUACAUAUAUCCUUUAUUCAUAUACAAAUUAUUGUGUGAGCUGUGGUCGCACUUAAAUAACCUACGUGUCCCGGCUAGUUCGUGUAAAACACUUAGUACAUAUACAGCUAAAGGCGUGGGUAGGUUAGGUGGGCCCUUGUGAAAUAGCAACAUUAUCAUAUUUAUACCUUUUAAAUAGGAAGCGUUUUAGGGCUGCGUUGUUUUAAUCAUGAAGUAACUACAAGAUCCACAUGAGCUUGCACAAAGAAACAGGAAGUGCCAAGCAGGCCCCGCCGUUGACAUGUUAUAAGGAGACGCAGCAUUGACUGCUGUGACGCGAGAAAUUCGGCCGCCAUCUUGAAGUGGUGAUGAGGAGCCGGCGAGCAGCCUAACUGACAGUUGACAGAGACCCUCAUGGAGCUUCCAGAGGAUUUGAACCAGCUGCAGCUGCUGAACUCGCACGGCCACCUGAUUCCCCGAGGGGCCAGCAGCCUGUGGACUGGGAGUAAGGAUGGAGAGGAGGAGGAUGAGGAGGAGGAGCAGGCCCACAGUGAGGAGUGGUGUCUACACAAAGAAGAAACUCUGAAAGACAAACCAGCAGAGCUCAUUCUGUGGGCCGCCGGAAACAACCGUCUGUCCACCAUCGCCAGGCUGUUAGCAGCAGACGCCUCACUGGUGCACAGCCGUGACGAGGACGCCUACACGCCGCUACACCGCGCAGCCUACAACGGCCACGUGGACGCCGCCUCCGCCCUGCUCGCCGCCGGCUCCGAGGUGAACUCCCGCACCGUGGACGGCUGGACACCGCUGCACAGCGCCUGUCGCUGGGCCCGAGUCCACGUGGCGACUUUGCUCCUGCAGCGCGGCGCCCGCGUCAACGCGCAGACAAACGGAGGGCUGACGGCGCUGCACCUGGCGGCCUCCCACGGUGGCGGCGCCUCCGCGGCAGACUGGCGCCACACCCUGGAGCUGCUCUUGUCGCAGCGUCAACUCAAGGCGGGACUUCGCAGCAGCAGCGGGGAGACCGCCGCUGAGCUGGCUCGACGCAGCGGACCCUUUCACUUCCUGUUUGAGAUGGUGGAGGACUGUGUACUUGCUGUCCCGCCUGUGUGACAUCACUUCCUGUCUAAGAUGUCGGAAGACUGUGUGCUUGCUGUCCCACCUGUGUGACAUCACUUCCUGUCUGAGAUGGCGGAGGACUGUGUGCUUGCUGUCCCACCUGUGUGACGUCACUUCCUGUCUGAGAUGUCGGAAGACUGUGUGCUUGCUGUCCCACCUGUGUGACAUCACUUCCUGUCUGAGAUGGCGGAGGACUGUGUGCUUGCUGUCCCACCUGUGUGACGUCACUUCCUGUCUGAGAUGGUGGAGGACUGUGUGCUUGCUGUCCCGCCUGUGUGACAUCACUUCCUGUCUAAGAUGUCGGAAGACUGUGUGCUUGCUGUCCCACCUGUGUGACAUCACUUCCUGUCUGAGAUGGCGGAGGACUGUGUGCUUGCUGUCCCACCUGUGUGACGUCACUUCCUGUCUGAGAUGUCGGAAGACUGUGUGCUUGCUGUCCCACCUGUGUGACAUCACUUCCUGUCUGAGAUGGCGGAGGACUGUGUGCUUGCUGUCCCACCUGUGUGACAUCACUUCCUGUCUGAGAUGGCGGAGGACUGUGUGCUUGCUGUCCCACCUGUGUGAUGUCACUUCCUGUCUGAGAUGUCGGAAGACUGUGUGCUUGCUGUCCCGCCUGUGUGACAUCACUUCCUGUCUGAGAUGGCGGAGGACUGUGUGCUUGCUGUCCCACCAGUGUGACGUCACUUCCUGUCUGAGAUGUCGGAAAACUGUGUGCUUGCUGUCCCACCUGUGUGAUGUCACUUCCUGUCUGAGAUGUCGGAAGACUGUGUGCUUGCUGUCCCGCCUGUGUGACAUCACUUCCUGUCUGAGAUGGCGGAGGACUGUGUGCUUGCUGUCCCACCAGUGUGACGUCACUUCCUGUCUGAGAUGUCGGAAAACUGUGUGCUUGCUGUCCCACCUGUGUGAUGUCACUUCCUGUCUGAGAUGGCGUAGGAUCAUGUGCUUGCUGUCCCACUUAGGUGACGUCACUUCCUGUCUGAGAUGGCGGAGGAUCAUGUGCUUGCUGUCCCACCUUUGUGACAUCACUUCCUGUUUGAGAUGAGGACUGUGUGCUUGCUGUCCCACCUGUGUGACAUCACUUCCUGUCUGGGAUGGCGGAGGACUGUGCGUGCUGUCACACCUGUGUGACGUCACUUCCUGUCUGAGGUGUCGGAAGACUGUGCUUGCUGUCCCACCUGUGUGACAUCACUUCCUGUUUGAGAUGAGGACUGAUUGCUUUCACAUCUGGGUGAUGUCACUUCCUGUUUGGGGCAAGUGGGAGCUGGAGCCUAUCCCAGCUGACUUGGGGCAAGAGGCAGGUAUGCCCCCCCCCCCUCCCAGACUGUCACAUGUCUCAAAAAGAAUCAAUUCACGAUUCAUAUUUAUCCCGAUUUUAUAUUUAAUCCCAAUUUUAACAAAUUAAAAGACAAUUUUUUAUCAAUUUCUUUUUUAAAUAAUACAUUUUUAAAAGUAAUUUUUAGCCCAUCUCCAUGUUUUUAAGUUUCAUUAUAAUUAUUAUACAAAAUACGUAGCGAGAAUCGACUCUGGAGCGAAUCGUCACCCAAGGAGUCGGAUGGAAUCCCAAAGUUUCCCAGCCCUAUGGUAAUGGUCUGAGUAGACUUUGGACAGCAGGGUGACGGCACAGGUGUGUGCGUGACCGCCUUACACUUUUGUUGUGUGCAGACAGGAAGUGACUGAUAAUGCUGGUGACUUUUAGCCGGAUGUGUCGCCAUGGUAACGUGCUUUACUGCAGCUUUCGUCGGAGGACGGGAGAUGAAAGGUGAACAUUGUUCUAUCUGCAGAGGACGUGAAAGAUUUUUUGAAACAGAUCUACUAUUAAAAACAAAAACAUUAAA